GCAUCAAUCAAACAAAAGGGUCACCACCGCAUCGAGCUAAAACAAAAAGAAGAGGGGAGCGAAGAAAAGAGAAGAGAAGAAGAAGAUGGAGGUGAGUUUAUCCUCAACAUCAUGUAUACCCUUAAGCUCGAAGUUGAAGCAUAAGCAUGGCCUUUUCCACUCUCAAAUUCCCAUUCACACAGCUUCAACCAAAACCAGAAGAACCAAACCUUUGUCCGUUGUUAACGCCUCCAGACAAACCUUGUCUUCCAAUUGGCUCGUUUCUCCACACGAUUUUUCUGCAUCCACCGCUUCCCCAUGGCUUCCCAGAUUCGAAGAGCUCGACGCCACCAACAUGCUUCUCCGUCAAAGAAUUAUCUUUUUGGGUUCUCAGGUGGAUGAUAUGACUGCAGAUUUUAUCAUUAGUCAGCUUUUGUUUUUGGAUGCUGAAGACUCCAAGAAGGAUAUCAAGUUAUUUAUAAACUCACCUGGUGGUUCUGUAACUGCUGGAAUGGGAAUUUAUGAUGCCAUGAAGUUAUGCAAGGCCGAUGUGUCAACUGUUUGCCUUGGGCUUGCUGCAUCCAUGGGUGCAUUUAUCCUUGCUUCUGGUACAAAAGGCAAGAGGUAUUGUAUGCCAAAUUCAAGAGUUAUGAUUCAUCAACCACUUGGAACGGCUGGUGGAAAAGCUACAGAAAUGAGCAUUCGCAUAAGAGAAAUGGCAUAUCACAAGAUUAAGAUAAACAAGAUACUAUCACGAAUUACAGGGAAACCUGAAGAGCAGAUUGAAUUGGACACUGAUCGUGAUAAUUUUAUGAAUCCUUGGGAAGCCAAGGAAUAUGGUUUAGUUGAUGGUGUUAUUGAUGAUGGAAAACCAGGAUUGGUUGCACCAAUUGGAGAUUCAUCACCACCACCAAAAACUCGGGUAUGGGAUCUAUGGAAAAUUGAAGGAAGCCGGAAAGCCAAGAAAAAUUUGCCCUCAGAGCACAAGUUUUUGCAGAAUGCAUCCAAAGGAAGUGAUGGUGAUAAGGGCACUGGACAAGAAGGGGAAACACCCGUUGCUGUAUAAGUUAGGGGAGAAUGAUUGUACUGCUUCUAUACUCAAUAGAUCUGUUUAUUUUAAUUUGUUAAUCACCUCAUCCUGAAGAUAAAAAGGGUUUUUCUCACUUAGACACAGAAGAUCAUAUUCUACGUAGCAUCCAUACUGUAUAUUAAUUAUGUUAAAUUUCAUUAUAUGCUUCAAGUGUUAGAUGCAAACUUAAUGAAUAUGUUUACGUGUUUAA